UAAAACAAAAAUCUAAUACACGAACCCUAUCACACCUCUUCCUGCGCAGCCGCCGUCCUUCUUCUUCACCCUGCUUUACAUUCUUCUUUCUUCUACAUCUUCGUUUUCCUCCGUCUCUCCUGCAGCUGCUGCCGCCGGUCGUCAAGUAAGAGAUCUCAGAAGCAAUCGGAAGCCAUGGCCGCGGAGGAGGCGCCGCCGCAGGCUUUGAAUUACAUACCGGAAGUGGUGUUGAAAAAGAGGAAGAACAAUGAAGAAUGGGCAAUCAAAAGGAAGUUACAGAUACAAGAGAGGAUAGCUAAGCGCCAGAAAUUUCAGAGUCGCUUCAUCAAGAAGCCCGAGCAAUUUAUCCGAGAAUAUCGGGACAAGGAAGUGGAUCUCGUCCGAAUGAAGAGCAGAGCAAAGAGAGGAAGGCGGACACCGCAGGCUGUGGAAUCUAAGCUCCUUUUCAUCAUAAGAAUUGGAGGGAAAAAUGACAUGCAUGAAAAGACUCGGAAACUUUUGUACUCUUUGAGAUUAAGGAAAAUACACUGUGGAGUAUUUGUUAAAGCAAGCGACGGGAUGAUGGAAGUCUUACAAAAAUUGGAGCCUUAUGUAACUUAUGGCUAUCCCAAUGUCAAAAGUGUGAAGGACUUGAUUUACAAGAAAGGUGUUCUAAAAGCUGGCACGGAGAGGCUUCCCCUGACUGAUAAUAAUGCUAUCGAGCAGGAACUAGGCCAGUAUAACAUCAUUUGCAUAGAAGACAUUGUGAAUGAGAUUGCUAAUGUUGGCCCUCAUUUUAAGGAAGUGACGAGAAGUCUUCGACCCUUUAUGCUGAGCAAUCCAGACAGGGCUCUCCAUGGUAAGAAGAAGCGCUUUGAAGAUGGAGGAGACUCUGGAAACCGUGGGGAUCACAUAAACGAACUGAUCAGCAAGAUGAAUUAGGUAACCAAGUAAGUGAUUCAUAAAAAAAGAUACAAGGUUGAUAUUUUCUGCCGAUUUUGAAGUGAUCCAUGAAUUUUUAUGCGAGUAGAUCUUUCUUGGCAUCAUAUCAAAUUACUUUGAUGUUAUCUUGGUGUAAUGACUGACUUUGAAUGCUAUCAAGCAUUGUGUUUCAUUACAAUAUCAUUACAGA